UUCCCAGAAGGCCUCUGUGCGGGCUCUGGGCCGGAUGCAGUCUAGGUCUGAGCUCUGCUGGUCCGAGCUGGGCUGGGGUCUCUGGCUUUGCAUUUAUGGAGGUCCCUAGCAAGGCAGUGAUUGUUCCCGGGAACGGAGGCGGGGAUGUGGCCACCCACGGCUGGUACGGGUGGGUGAGAAAGAGGCUGGAACAGAUUCCUGGUUUCCAGUGUUUGGCUAAAAACAUGCCUGACCCAAUUACAGCCCGAGAGAGCAUCUGGCUGCCCUUCAUGGAGACAGAGCUGCACUGUGAUGAGAAGACCAUCAUCGUAGGCCACAGCUCCGGGGCCAUCGCAGCCAUGAGGUACGCAGAGACACAUCAGGUAUAUGCCCUUGUAUUGGUGUCUGCGUAUACUUCAGACUUGGGGGAUGAAAACGAGCGUGCAAGUGGGUACUUCAGCCGCCCCUGGCAGUGGGAGAAGAUCAAGGCCAACUGCCCUCACAUUGUACAGUUUGGCUCCACUGAUGACCCCUUCCUUCCCUGGAAGGAACAAGAAGAAGUGGCAGAUAGGCUGGAUGCCAAAUUGUACAAGUUCACCGACCGUGGUCACUUUCAGAACACAGAGUUUCAUGAACUGAUUAGUGUGGUGAAGUCUAUGCUCAAAGUACCAGAAUAGUGAGGAUGAUGCCUGCCCUGUAACGUGCCAGGAUGGGGUAGAAGAGCAUAUGUUAUCCCAGUACUAGACAUGUAAUGUCUGGUUAAGUGCCUGAAAAACAAGCCUGUUUGAACACUCACACUAAGUUACUAGCAUCUUCAGUUCCCACAGAACUUGAAUCUUCUUGAAAAGCUGUAACUAUAGCAGUAUUUUUUCCUUGUACUGAUAAGGGACACAGGGUGUUUGUUUAGCCAUCCUGUUGAUCCAAAGAGUAAGUCUGAAGUAGAACCAGACAUGGUGGUGUGUCCCUAUAAUCCCAGCACUUCAGAAGAGAAAGCAGGGGACCAGGAGAUGAAGGCUAGCCUCACCCUGUCUCAGAAAAGAAAGAACAAAUAGACCCGGGUAUCCUGAGUCUCAUUCCAAAUUAUAACUCAGUAGCUUUUGCAAAGUGUUACCCACUCCUGAGACCCUAGUACUUGGGAAGCUGAAGGUGGAUCUUGAAUUUGCCUACCUAUGCUAAAUAUUUAACAAAACUGUCUUCAAAAAACAAAAACAAAAGAAAAACUAAACAGGUUUUCAUGCAAAGUAUAUGAGUGACAUCUUUUCCUUUUUGAAAUAAAAUUUUUCUGUUACUGGGGGGAAGUAAACAUGAUUAAAGGUCCAAAAUGUUCUUAGAACUCAAAAGUCUAGCUGUUGCUUCAAGCUGGCUCAGGGUAGUAAACUCAAACUUGGGUCUUCAUCACUCAAAUCCCUGACCCCACCCCAGUCCCUAGGUCCUUCUGACAGGUUGAGGGACCAACAUAUAAGGAUGUGAGUCAGGAAGCUCCAGGGGACAGAUAUCUGCAUAGCCUGCCACCUGUAUUCCAACUUAAGACUAGCAGGAUUAGGUCAUGUGGGAGUGCUGUAAUACAGAAAUGUGACAAAUAUCUGUCUUUUUUUUAAAGCUGGGGAACAUAUACAUGUAUGUGUGUGUGUAUGAAUUAUGCUAGCUGUCAACACUGUAAAAGGUCUGCAAAAGCUACAAGACCAGCUUGGUCUACAGAGUAAGUUCUAGGACAGCCAGUACUACACAGAGAAACCUUGUCUCAAAGAAAGGCCUAAGGUAACCAAAAUGAACAUAAUGCUAAACGGUGGAAAACAAGGGGGCAAUUAGUACUGUUAAGUAUCUUCAAAAAGAACUUCUCCACGAUUCAAGUUUAAUUCUGUAGAGUUCAACCUUUUAACUUCUAGAGAUCAUUUAAGCAUCAUUCCAGAUUUUUCUUAUAUUCACCAAAAAAGAACCCCUUUUAAAAAGUACUUUUAUAUUAUCAUAUAUUUGAUGUAUAAAAUGGUUUCAUUAUGACAUGUUCACUCAUGUUUAUAAUGUACUUUGAUCAUAUGUAAAAAAUAAAAAUAAAACCUUUAUUUCCCAGAAUUUCCUGACUGUUGUGAUGCUAAAGCUCUCCAGUGUACUUAAACUUGAUGACACAGAACCUGUGACAGAUAUAGAAAUGUGAUUUUCCACACUUUUAUCCCUAGAUGGGGUGCAAAGCUGUUGUGAAAUGAUUUGGGGGUUUCUAAAUGCAAUAUAAGUCACAAAAUACUCUUUAACUUUUAACAAUAUGUAUCUUUGGAGAGAAAGACAACCAUAUAGGUCUACUCUAAGUGUUCACGUGAGAAUGGAUAAUAUCAGGAAUAGUUAUCAAGUGAAUGUAUGUAUGUAUGUAUGUUUUUUGAGACAGGAUUUCUCUGUGACGCCCUGGCUGUCCUAGAACUCCCUCUGUAGAGGGAGUUGAACUCACAGAGAUCCUCCUGCCUCUGCCUCCCAAGUGCUGGGAUUAAAGGCGUGUGCCACCACCUGGCAAGUGAAUAUUAUUUUUACCCUGUGGCAGAAAACAAAUUGUGAACUAAUGUUAUUUAUAUGUUAAUGACUUUAAGAAUUCAAAAACAAAAGCAGAGGAAAAUAAUUAUUAAUCUCAAAUGCAAGCAGAUUAUAGGUUUGGUCCAAUCACUGCUAAGGAGCCUGCUUCCAUUAGAUUUAUCUAUUAAUGUUUUUAAAUUAAUUUUUUUAACCUAACUUUAAAAUGAGUUGUUAAAAUCUUAAUUGUAAACUAAUACAUUUCAGUGUGAGAUUCAGAAAUUCCUGGAGGGAGAGAAUACAAGGAAGCUCUCUCUCUGUUGAGCUGUGCUAUCUAAUAUAAGCAAUAUCCACAGGCAACUAAAUAAAGCCUUGUUUCUUAAUCACUUGUUUCAAGUGCUGACUAGCCAGCUGGCUCGAGGUUACUGUACUAAACACCAAAUACCGACUGUUUCCAUCAUGAUAGAAAAUGCUACUUGCCCAGAUGUUAUAGUGCAUACCUCUAACCCAGCAGGAGGGAGGUAGAGGCGGGAUUGAGUUCAAGAUCCUGUCUUACUGGAGCACACUGCUGCAGGGCACAUAUUCUGUAUCCGUCCUUCACCUGCCAUAUAGUAAAUCUGCCACCACUUCUUCCCUUCACUGUUGAGCUGAUGGUUGGGCCAGGGCCCUCAUACCAAGCGUGUGCUCCAUCAUGGAAUUGAACUGUUUGACCCUUUGCUUAAUCACCAUCAAAACCCUUAUAUAAAACAUUUAUUGACAAACUGGAAGUUUCAUGUAAGAAUUCACAUAACGAUUCAUUAAAAACCAUUAAAAGUA